UCCGGAACUACAAAUGUGUGGACAACAUACAGACUUAUUUGGAAGUAAUGUCAUCAUUGAACCUCAUAUUAAAUCUUGUCCUCCCGUAGAUGAGGCAAUCUGGCAAAAAAACCAAGUCUCAUUUCCAGAAAAAUUCCAAAGCAUUCACAUUGAUGAUCCUAAAUAUUUUGGAAGCAGUAGCAACCCCAGAAAACCUUUUCUUGUAAUAAGGAAAGCUUCACACGAAGAUAUCCUUUGUUACCGUCUACAAGUUUCAAAUGGAAUUGGAACAGCAAGCAGAGUAGUCUCUCUUCGGUUAACUGGUGAUCUUCCUUCUGUGUUUACAAAUCAUGAUACAGAUUUUUCCGAACACAGAGUUACACUGAUAUGCAAAGUGUUAGUCACUGAGGGAUCUCCAGAUGUAGAAAAGGUUGUAUGGACUAAAGAGAAAAAGCAAAUCGAUAUUUUGGGAAGCGGAGGAAAAUAUACCGGUGGAAACGAAACUUAUCCUUCGCUAGUUAUACACGGAGUGAAUUCUAACGACGCUGGAGAAUAUCAGUGUCGAGUUUCUAAUGCAGUGGGAGAUACAUAUAGCAAUCCGAUUCAUUUAGGUCUGCCGCAUAUUGAAAAAGAUAUUACAUGCUCAGAGGAAGAUGGCGAAAAUCUUCUUACUUGUAAAAUUACCGUGAAAUCCAUACCGGAGGCAAAAGCAGCUGAAUGGAGAGUUCAACAAGCCCCGGAAGAUGUUUUUCAAGCCAUCAAUAUUCAUGAAUCAACAUUUAGAGGUUCUACAGUUUCUUUACCACAUCCAAUCCUGAAUGUGCAUGGAUUUAAUCCAGAACUGCAGCGUCUGAUUCAAUUCACAGCGACUAAUUUCAUUGGUGAAAAGACAACAGUUAUUCAAAGUACAAUCGGCGAAAAAUAUCCAAAAGAAGAUGCUGUAAUGAAAGAAACUGGUAAGUAUUAAAAUAUAAUAAAUGAAAGGGAAAAUUAUUGAUUUUUAAUUUUUUUUUUUUUCAACAGAUUCCCAUAUAAGUAAAUAUGCAAACGGAAGUGCUGCUGUCCUCUUUGCCAAUCUAAGAUACGAUCUUAUAGAAUUAUUUCCACAAGAUAAGAUAGAAAACAUCAAAUGUUUACUUCACGGCUUAAGCAUUAUGGAUCUAGACAGAGUUAAUGAAAUGAUUUCCAUGAGUGACAUUUUAAAUAUUUUGGAAAAGAAGGGUUAUUUCAGUUCAGAAGAUGUGAUAUGGGUGCAAUAUUGUCUACGAAAGAUCGGAUGCAACGAACUUUACAAAAAAUGUUAUCAGUAUGCUAAACAGAAUGAGGCACUGUGUUUCUACGAAAAUCAACCAGUAAGAAAUGGCUAUAAGCAUGUUGGAUUUCACGUGGCUGGAAACAUAAAAAAAUACUCAACUAAGGAAAUAUUUCAAAUACAAAAAACAGUAGCCUCUAUGAUAGGAUGUCCUAUAGAAGAGGUAAUUAUCGACGGACUCAAACCUGACGAAAGCUUUGUGGUUGUAUUAUCGAUCAAAGAUGCAUAUAUAGAUGCAUUACUGGCGCUUGCUGAACAGAUUUUAGACAAUCUAUAUGAAUUGAAUGUAGAUUACCUGGUUUAUGAUGAGGCAAAAAUUAGGAGGACAUUCCUUGGUGAAGGUGCCACGGCAAGUGAAAUAAGACCGCUUAUUUCCUCUUCCAUAAUGCCAAAGCCGGUCACUCAAGUAACGUCUGCAGCGACGGACACAGAAGAUAUCAAUUGUCUGUCUUCCGUCAUUCGAAAAAGCCAGUCCCAUAAAAAGAUAGCAAAAAACAUUACUGAAAGUCAAAUACAAAAAUCGAUGAAAAGAAUGAAAAUAUCUUCAAUUCAGAGAUAUAAAACUAUGUCCUUUACAUGUGAAACAUGCAAGAAAGAUUUAAAAAAUCAACACAAGAUGAAUAUGCAUAAGUCCAGAAUGCACCCAAAUGUAACCUGUGAAAUAUGUCUACGCGAAUUUAAAAAUCAACUUGGUCUCAAAAUCCACCUGUCAAAAAUGCACCAUCAUCAUAUGUAUUCCCGUGGUCAUACAGAUACUGAGCUUUAUACAAGACAAUCUGCACGACAUGAAAAUCAUCAUAGAAAAGACAGAAGAGACGAAAAGAAUAGUGGUCGACAAGGUUUUCUUGCUACAGCCUUUCUAAAUAAAGAUUGGUACUUGAAAAGAUCGACCUUUAUCACCAACAUAUCUAACAUUGGUCCGCAACAAGAAAAUAAAAGUGAUAUAGGAAUACGACCAAAAUCAGUACCACCUAAAUUGAUAGAUAGUUCUCAAACAUAUUCUUCUAUGCCACGAAAGAGAGAAGUUAUUAUGGAGUCUGCUAAAAUUAUACAGCCAUCCCCACAAACUUUAAUCAGACCCCAAGAGAAAACAGGGGAACGAAGUAAACCAAAAGAACCGUCGCAAUUUGAUAGGACACCUUUGUCAUUGUCAAAUUCGUCACUCUCAUAUCUUGAGUCAGAUAAAUGUAAAUAUCUUACCAUUCUAAAGGCAGGAUUUAUUUGUUCUAAAGAGGAUAGUAAAUUAAUCAUAGAUAGAGUCAAUUUAUUUGUUCAACGAUUAGAAGAAAUGGUUGCCAGAGGUUCGGAUUGUUCGAUGGAAUUGUUUAAAUCUGGAUCUUACUACGAUAUAACCAAGAUAGGUUAUGACGAUGACUUCGAUUUCAUGUUUUACCCAAAAGCCAAUUUUGAGGCCGAAUUUGCCAAUUGUCCGCCAGGAUACUGCCAAAUUAAGAAAUGUCUAACAACGACUCAGGACCUGGAUAAGAUGUUUAACAAAGAUGGUUACCUUGUUCCCGGGAUUUUUAAAGAAAAGAUGUUCAAAACUUUUGAGAAGUGCAUUGAAAGUCCCGGCUUCCGAGAGGGCAAAAGAACAAGGAGAAAGGUGCAGAAUCCCGAAAGUCCUGCCUUUACGAUUUUCUAUGAUCUACAACUCCAGGGUAAACCUCCAAUCAACAUAAAUCUAAUUCCAGCUAUUAAAGUGGAUGGAUGGCCCUCGACAUUUAGAAAACCUAAUGCAAAUUGGAUCAGCGAUGACCAUGCUAAGGAAGCCAUGAAAUGUUUUCACGGUAUAACGAAAAGCUUUCCAGGAAAUUAUGCAGAUGCAGCACUUCUUUGGGGGGUGUCGUUUUCACAUGCAGAAAGGAAUCUGAUUCACCACGCAGAUAGUAAAGACAAAGGUGUCCGUAGGACAAUCUUCAAAAUUUUAAAGAAAUUAAUGGAAGACCUCAAAACCGAUUGUCCUCAAAUUGAAAAAUUCUGCAGUUAUCAUCUGAAGAUGUUUAUCCUAGGCUUUUUUGAUAGACACAAAGACUUUUCUGAGAAAAACGAGGAGUAUUUGUUCAAUCAAAGUAUCAAGGAACUUAUUAAAUGUCUAAAGGGAGGAGAAAUUAGAAAUUAUUUUAUUCCAAGCGACAAUAUUUUACAAUAUAUACCGAACAAUGAAAAAGAUCUUAUCGCAGGAAAACUUGGAGAAUAUAUAUAGAUUUAUUGGCAAGGAAAUGUUGAAGACGACCAGUAGUAUGAGAGCGAAGUUUUUGCAUUUACGGUUGUAAAAUAUUUAAAGAUUAUACAUACGAGGGUUAUUCGAAAAGUUCGUGGACGAUGUCAAUCUUUGUUAUACUACUUUCAAGAAAUAUAAAAUAAGCUCAAUAUACUGUGUAAAAUAUUUGCUCUAUUAAUGUGUGAAGUUUCAUUUCAUUCGAUAUAAAAGAAAUCAAUUUACUUCAUUUUAAAUUCAACAUGUUUUGUACCCGCGGAGCAUACUUAACGGCAAACGUCAAAAGCAUAACAUCAAGAAUUUGUUUUAAAAAUUAUCCUCAUACAUUUCGACAGUGUAGUUCAAUAAUCAAUUAUUAAAAUCCCUUUUCUAUCACUUGAAAUUCAUUUUUCAAAUUGUUUUCGUUGUAUAAUUUCCUUUGUCAGUUUUUUAAUUUCUUAUUUCUAAUUUCUCCGUUAUAAGUAGACCUAUUUUUAUAUUCAUAUAAGGCAGAAUUUGUGAAAAAUCUUGUGCGUGAAAAGAAGAAAACACUUGCUGUGACCUUCAACUCGACAUUUAGAUAUAUCGACAACGUGUUGUCAAUUAAAAAUGGUCAUUUCCAUUCCUACGUCGAUACGAUAUAUCUUAGUGAGCUUGAGAUAAAAUAUACUAAAGAGUGUGACACAUCUGUUUCAUACCUUGGAAUUUUACUUGAAAAAUACGUAAAUGGUAAUAUAACAGUUAAGCUAUGUGAUAAACGUGGUGACUUUAACUUUUCUAUCGUCAACUUCCCUUACUUAUGCAGUGUUUACAUCUCAGUUGAUUCGAUACGCAAGAGCAUGCUCUACGUAUGAACAACAAUUUCUAAAACGAGGUAAUUUAUUGACAAGCAAGUUGAUGAAACAAGAAUUUCAACUGUCUCGUUUAAAGUCAUCAUUUCGUAAAUUCUACGGUCGAUAUAAUGACCUUGUCUGCAAAUACAAUUUAUCAUUAAGACAAAUACUAACUGACGUUUUUCAUACUAAUUUUUAGUCUAUUUUUGAAUUGACGACGGAUUUUCCCGUUAUUUCCUGAUAAUGACAAGGAGCAUACGGCGGUUGUGACGGUCAGCAGGGGACGCUCACUCCUCCAUGGCACCUGAUCCCACAUCUGUGUUUGCUCUUCUCCUAUUUUGUAUUGUUUUAUGGACAUUGAUAUUGAAUAUCUCCAUAUCCUUCUUUUACCACUUAGCUGUGCUUUCACAAGAUCAGCAACUCGGAAGCGCCUAUGGCUUUCCAUGACGUUUCAAAUUAAAAAUUUUUGAUAAGAUUUAUCAGAUAAACCGUUUCUUCACAGAUUGCCCUCGUCCGAGUUUCUGUCACUCAAAUACUGCCUCUACCAUUUAUAAACACAUGCGCGAUUUUUUUUGACAUAAUUUUUUAUUCCAUUAACAUUUAAGAGUUAAUUCAGGAUUUUUCCUAUUUAUAACAUAAAACUGCAUCGUUUUCUGCUGCUCUGUGACGUUCAACAACAUCAUUUUGUGUCGUUUUCAAUGAGGGCUACCUAUCUUCCCAAAUUGACUUCUUUCAACGAAUAAAAAUAUUAAGCAAUAAUUUGGAGUAUAAAUCAAUGUAACAAUUCUUAAUUUAAAGGCCUAAGAUUUUUCCGUUUUUUUUUUAUUUUACAGAGAAUAAUUAUGACAACAGAUAUUGUCAUAUUUAUUUGAUGUGUUGUUUGUUACUAAAUUUUAACAUGCUCCGCGAUCCAAUGUUUGCACAUUUAAAUUAUAUUCUGGAUAGGUUUGAAAUAAAUCUUGAUAAUUUUAAAAUUUGUAAUACAAAUAAUUUGAAUUUUUUUUCGAAAUACUGUAUUUUACCAAAUUUGGUUAGCAUAUCACGUUAAAUAAAAAAAAGAUAUGACAGAAGUCCACGAACUUUUCUUUUUGCAUUGUCUUUGCACCUCUGACGAUUUUUUAAAUGUAUAUAGGCUAUUAAUGUACCUCAUGUACCAAUAUUUUGGUUCGUGCGAAUAAAGUGGACUGAACUAAACAUGCAUAUAGUUAGCGAUGACAGUACAAACUGUUAAGCAGAGAAAAUAUUUUUACUUGUAUUUAAACAAUCCGUUAUAUUUCUAAAGCAAUCUUUAACUUGUUUAUCCUUGAAUUAAACUUUUUAUGUAGAGACUUGAACACUGAAUUUCCCUCUGGAUUUGAGUGUUUUAAAACAAAUUACCAGGUAUGCAUUUUCUAUUGAGUAUCUGAAUAAUGUAUAUAUAUGUAUGUAUAUGUAAAUAUUUACCUUUCCAAUGUGUUUGUCCUAGAUAAAAUUUCAAAAUGUAAAUGUACUUUAGUCCCCAUCAAUGUAUUGGCGAGGUUCCAAAAAAAAAAUCACGUGCAGGGAGGAACAAACAGCUAGACAGAAGCAGGGCUUGGAGCAGGUGGAUUGCAGAAUCAAAGCAUGUAAAUAUAAGGAAUAACUGUCAGAUUCCUACGUGAUAACGAAAGAGCCAUUAUACGUGAUUCUUGCGUGAUAAUUUUCGGCGUUUAUGCAAAUUAUUACGCAACCCAGUCGAUUGAUCACAUCAUGAAAUCGAAAAAUAAAACAGUUAUUCCUUAAAUAUUCCCCGAAUUUGAUAGAAUUAUAAUGAUGUCUUUAUGUAUAUAAAAUAUUUUCAAAAUUAUUAUUUCAGUUGUUAUUCUGGUAAUGCAGAAAUGUUUUCA